UUUAAAACAAGGGACAAAACACCCGUAACCAGUAAACAACCAUCUUUCACUCAAGUUUUGUACUUUAGCUGUCCAAAUUCUAAUGUAAAAUGAUAAUUUAAGAUCACAAAACCAAAAACCAAUACAAAGAUGUCCUUAACUGGCUUUUUAAGAAGAUUACCCAAAUACCGCAGCAGUGUGUCCCCGUCGACCUGCGUUAGAACAUUCUGUUCAGAUGAGUGUCCUGACGAUAAGGCAUGCCUUAUUCUCGGAGUGUACGAGGGGGAGAACGAGGAACCAUGUCUUACCAAAGCGGCAGCCAAGUUCAACGACCACCUCUGUGGAAAGUUAAUGGAAUUAAUUAAGAUGGGAGGAUGUGAACUAAAGAAAGGCGAAGGCAAAACUUUCAACAACAUCGACAAGGAAUUUUGGUCGGUGGCUGUUGUCGGGUUGGGCAAGGAAAAACUGGGUUACUGCGAAAUGGAGGCGAUCGACGAAGGCUUGGAGGCUGUGAGGGAGGCUGCCGGUAUCGGGGCACAAUUAUUGAAGAAGGAAUGCGUCGGUAGGAUACUGAUUGAGGGCCUGGGACAUCCGGAGCAGGCGGCCGAAGGCAGCGCCCUCGCUCUAUGGAGGUACCAAGAAAACAGAUCACGUCAAAACUGGAGACCGAUUCCCACCCUGGAACUAUUCGACGAUAGUGACGCGGAAAGUUUCCAACGUGGUCUUUUCAAAGCCGAAUCCCAGAACUUGGCUAGAAGACUCUCCGACACUCCAGCCAAUCAAAUGACCCCCCUGCACUUUGCCCAAGAGACUGUUAACGAACUGUGCCCUUGCGGUAUCAAGGUUAUGGUUCACGACAAGGACUGGGUGGAGAAUAAAAAGAUGAACGCCUUUUUGACGGUUGCCAGAGGCUCUUGCGAACCCCCAGUUAUCGUGGAAAUCUCAUACUGUGGCGCCAAUCAAGAUCAAAAACCGAUUCUGAUGGUGGGCAAAGGGAUCACCUUUGACAGUGGUGGCUUGUGCCUGAAGAAGUGUGACGGUAUGGACAGGUAUAGAGCCGAUAUGGUUGGUGCUGCCGCCAUUAUUUCUGCUAUCCGGGCCGCGUCAGCUCUUAGCUUGCCUAUUAAUAUUGAAGCUGUGAUACCGUUGUGUGAAAAUAUGCCUAGCGGUAUGGCAAUGAAAUGCGGCGACGUAGUGAUGGGCCUAAACGGCAAAUCGAUCAUGAUCACCGACACGGACAACGAGGGCCGCCUGAUCCUUGCUGACGCUCUGGUCUAUGGCCAAAACGCUUAUCAACCGAGACUGAUUAUCGACGUGGCCAGUUUGACCCCCGGAGUACGAGCCGCCCUGGGGUCGUCGGCCAGCGGAGUCUUUUGUAACUCGCAAACGAUGUGGUCCCAAGUGAGAAAAGCUGGCGUGAUAACUGGCGAUCGCGUGUGGAGGUUACCGCUGUGGAAAUACUUUACCAAGAAGGUGACGCGCUUUAAGAGCCACGACGUGAACAAUAAGGGUCUUGGCCACGGAUCUUCGUGUAUCGGUGCCGCCUUUUUGAACGAGUUUAUCGAUUGCGUCGAUUGGAUCCACUUUGACGUUACCGGAGUCGGUUUUAAGAGCGAAGAAAAGAACUACUCGUAUUUGACUAAGGGUCGUAUGACUGGCAGACCCACUCGCACCCUCAUCCAACUGUUGUAUCAGUUGUCAUGUCCAUCGGAAGGUCAACGCAAACUCGAAUAAGGCAUCAUAUAUUUACGAACCCUCUUAUUUAUACAAUCCGCGUCUUUGCUUUAUGUUUAUAUUUUACUUUAUUUUUUUUUUACAAAGUAUGCAUUACUCACUGCUAAAUUAAUACUUAAAAAUAGGGAUGGCUUGCAGUUUUCACUGCGGGCCAAUUGACAAAUUUUGUUCUCGCCGGGCCAGGUUGUUUAUUAUGACUGGGUAUUGACCGGGUUUCAAUGCAGUUUGGUCAGCUGCCUAAUUAUUAUCAAUAACUGCUGUACGUUUUCAGAAAUGCCGCGCAUGGAUUUAUUGGUUUAAUGUUUACGUACUAUGGUAUAUUGUUACGGAUGUUUUAAGGUUAUCAAUUGUUUAAAAUUCCGGGUUUAUUUGCGACGUGGUUUUCUUUGAUGUAACGGUAAGAGGUGUCCGUCUGUAUACGAAGUAUGUGUUGGAAAAUGUGUACUUAUAAAAAAUAGCCGAAACGAAGUGUAAGCCGAUUUACUGGGUACAACUUGUCCGAUAUUGUUAAUUACCUCGCGCGAUAUUAUGUCAAAAUAUUCGAUCACUGUCUACGUUUUGUGUGGUUUACCAAUUUAUUGUGGUAAUGUGAUAUAUUUUAUACUACAUUAAGAAAUAAAAAUGUAUACUCUUUA